AUGAACGUGGGAACGGCGCACAGCGAGGUGAACCCCAACACCCGGGUCAUGAACAGCAGGGGCAUCUGGCUGUCCUACAUCCUGGGCAUCGGCCUGCUGCACGUCGUGCUCCUCAGCAUCCCCUUCUUCAGCGUCCCUGUGGUUUGGACUCUCACCAACAUCAUUCACAACAUGCCCAAGCCACUAGCUGUGGGAGCAGAGAGGAGCGUGGAGGCCGGCGAUGGCGACACGUAG